GGAGCGGUGGGCACACGCGCUAGCUGAGCGGAGGCGAACCGGGGAAAAGGGAAAAAUACAAAAAAAAAAAAAAAAAAACAAACAAACAAAUAAGCAAGCAAGCAAACAAACAAACCAAGUGCAGCUAAAUUGGUGUAAAGUGUAAAGCGUAAAUCAGUCGGGCCAAGGACACUGAACGCCAUGCACACGUGGGGAAGUUAAAAACGCAGUAACGAGAGAACCCCAGACAGGUGUACCCAAUUGAAUGAUACGCACUUUUGCCGUUUGGCCCAUCAAGACACCCUCGCCGCACGACCCAUGUGUGCGGAGUUUGCUCGCGAGAAACAUGAGAUCGACUUGGUAGAUAUAGACAUAAAAACACACAAGUGCGUUUUUCCCCUUUGAUGCAUUUGCGCUUAGUUGGUUUUUCAAAAGGUGCAACGUUCGGAAUUGGCAGGAGUGUCUGCGUGAAGAGAGUACUCCGAGGAGGGAAGCGAGUGAAAGGUGCAGUGUGAACAGCAAGGGGGGGAGCGUCCGAAAAUCGUAGAAAGGCAUCCACAGCGCAGUCGCAACGUUAAGCGGCACGUUAAGCGGGACGUCAAGCGGUACGACAAGCACAAACGCGCUGAACCAAAUGUGCGUACGCAGACGAAUCACUUUCGCUUAAACAUGCUCACACGCGUGUCUCAUUACGCACACGCGCAUAGGUAAAAUGACACCCCAGAAAAGCGUAUGCUUCGAUGUAGAGUACCAUGGAGAUCCGUGCGAUGUACAAAUUGGGGAUGUAGACACAAGGAAGGACGUAGGGCGUGUUGGAAGGAAUUAUGCCUCCAUUUUAAUAACGCCCCCUCAAGUGAACUGCAUCUACUCGUGCAGGUGUAACGAUUUGAGUGGCGGUCACGAGAGAGACAACUCCGGUGAAGGAAAGGAGCACCUCUCCAUCCUGCGAAUUGGUAAAGAAGUUAAAAAUGAUUUGCUGAGAAAUAACCAUGCGGUGAGAAGUACCGAGUUCGGAAAGGCAGAAAUCAUAAGGUGUAAAAAGGUCAGUCGUGAGAAGGGCUCCCUCAGCAUCGAUGAGGAUAGCAGCGAAGGUGUUAGAUUCUGCGAGGUGUGUCUCCAUGCCUGCACCAUUACAGAAUGUAAAUCCCCCGGUAGAUCUAAAAACACGGAGGAAUAUCUCCAGGGUGGACGCCUUACCCGAAAGGGCAUGAAGGUAUUAUCCACCUACGAGAGUAACAGCUUGACCUAUCAGCUCAGAAAAGGUAGCACCAGUAGUAGUAGCCCAGGAGGGAGUGCCAUAUUGAAGUACCUGAAAAAAGGGAAGAAAAAGAAGAAGAAAAAAAAAAGGAAAAUAAAGGAAAAAUCAAAGGGGAAUGUCACCUCUCCAGUUGGCGAAGCAUCCAAGAAGGCUACCCUUCUGCUUAAUAAAAAUAUGCACCUGGGGAAUGACAAACGUUUGAACAGUAGCAGUGGGGUGGUUCCCUCCACACGAGAAGAGAAAGAUGAAAAUGUGAUGGAAUUAUCAAAGGGGAAGCCUCUCAACGGUUUGGAAGGGGCAAUCAGAAUCAGCAGCCAUGGGAGAGAAAACGCCCCUAAGAUAAUGCCGCUAAUAAGCUGCAAAAGUGGGAGAAAAGUUUUUAGGUCCUAUUUAAAGCUGCACAGACUGAAAUGCCGUAGUAUGAAGAUAAUAGAAAAGUUAAAAGACGCGAUGAUAAAGGAAAAUAUCGCUUACAACAAGGGGGGGAAGGAAGUGGACGCUGACCAUGAGGGUGUCACUGAUAAUGAUGAGGGUGUUACUGACAAUGGUGAGGGUGACAAUGGUGAGGCCGAUAAUGAUGAGGGUGACAAUGAUGAAGCUUUCAUUGAUAAUGAUCCUGGUCGGGGAAGGGGCGCCUCUGCCAAGCGAACAAAAGGCGCCCGCCUGAACGAAGCAGAUUACUUAGUAUACAAAUUUAGGAGGACACUAAGGAGGCACGUGAAAAAAUACGUGCAUAAAAAAAUUAUAAUUUUGGAGAGUUUCCUUCAGACGAAAAGAAACUUAGCGAGUGAGAAAAUGGUACACACGUUUAUCAUUCCUUCCAUUUCAGAUCGUCCCCAUAAAAACGCUUCUAACUAUUGCAGUUAUGUUGACAGAUAUGUGAGGAAGUUUUUCCACUCCUAUUUCGUCACGCUAGUUAAUCAAUUUUUUAAGCAUUACUUUUUUCACUAUAAGAGGAAAUGUGUAAAGAGUUACGUUGGCAGUUUUGGGUCGAGGGGAGAGAAGCUCGAUGGUGAAACCGCUUCUCAUCAUCAGCCUUUUGGUCACUCCAGAUUUGGCACCAAGAAUGAUAAUGGGGCAUGCAGUAGGGUCAUAUGCUCCUCGUGCCUUCACACAAGUAAGGCUAAUUUUGCACCCUCCAGUGGGGGAGAAGAAACCUCGAAGGGGGAUAAAGACAUGACGGAGGGGAGAAACCCUUUGCCUGUUUUCUCCCGUCCCAGUGUAAGUCGCAACCCAAAUGAGGGGCAUGGCAAAGCUGGAAGGGAUCCCUACUCUAGUUACAGAAGCAACUGCUGUAAUGGAGAACUGUCCGUUCUUGAGCCCAUCGAGGGGAGAAGCCCUUCUGGUGGGGUCUUGCAUAAGCUGCAUGUCGAGCGUUUGCAGAAGGAGGAAAACGCCCGUGUUAGUGCAAACCCUAAGAGGGGGAGCUCUCCAUGUGGUGAGUUGAAACUCGGAGCAGCAAAUGACCCGCGGGGGAGGUGUAGCGUGGGCGGAGAGCGAACCGAGGGGCGCCAGUGGCGCAAGUGGGGAUAG